AUGUGCGCAGGAUGUGCGCAGGACGUGCACAGGGACGCAGCUCGAUGUGCGCAGGAUGUGCGCGGGAUGUGCGCGGGGAUGCAGCGGGGUGAGCGCGGGGAUGCAGCGCGCUGUGAGCGCGGGUGCGGCGGGGCGAGCGCGGAGAUCCAGCGCGACGUGCGCGGGAUGUGCGCGGGGAUGCAGCGCGACGUGCGCGGGAUGUGCGCGGGGAUGCAGCGCGACGUGCGCGGGAUGAGCCCGGAGAUCCAGCGCGACGUGCGCGCCAUGUGCGCGGGGAUAGAGCGGGACGUGCGCGGGAUGUGCGCGGGCUGCGCUCGGGCCGUGCCCGGCCCCGAUCCCCCCGCUCCCCGGCCUCGGUACUCGCCUGGCGCAGCAUCCCCGGCCCGGGAUCGCUCCCGGGGCGCCGCGGGGAGCCCGGGCCGAGCGGGGCCGGCGGAGGCGGCCGAGCCCCCCGAGCCCUCCUGGAUCCCUCGCAGAGGCGGCGGCCGCGGGGCCAAGGUCACCCCGCAUCGCCUCCAAUUCCCAGGAGGCAGCGAAAUGCCGGGAAAAGGCGCGGGGGGAGCGGGGCGGGAGUGAGGGGUCCGCUCCAGACCCCUCCGAGCCGCCUUCCCCCGGCAUUUUCCUCUUCUUCCCCAUCGGAGCUGGGAUGUCCCAUCCCAGGGGAUGACGGCGCAGUCUUUGAGAAUCCGGCACAAACAGACGCGGAUCUAUUUCGGGAUUUAAAAAACAAAAACCAAAAACAGCAGCAUGAGGAGAAAUA